AUGAUUGACAUCAAGAAGAAAUCCAGCAAGAAUGUCUCGGAGGCGCUUCUGCAGUCAAACUGGAAGAAGAGCACUGUAAAGCUCAACGUAACAUACUGGUACGUUGGGUUACAGAAGGAGGAGCGUAGCAGCUUCAUACUGGCCACCGUCAUCAUGAAAACAUCACAACUGCAAAACAAAGCUCCGCCCCUCAUCCUGACAGGCACCACCCGUCUCCAGAACCCCACUCUUCGUAACAUCAGGUCCCGCCCUGGAGUGCCCUCCUCCCAGGCCCCGCCCUCUUUUGCCCUCAGGCUGCAGCCCUGUCCCAAGCCGUCACCCCUCGGGGCCCUCCCGGACACUCACCAGGUGCAGGACGAACGGAGCUCCGAGCAGCGCGAUCCAUACGUACAGGUGGAAAGUAUUGGAGAAGCCGCUCUGCUGCGGCUCCAGUUACAGCAAGAACACCAGCAAAUGGACAAGGCCAACGUGAACAGCAUCUCUACCACGAUAAAGCAACACCAACUCCGAUGUGCUUUAAAAGGAGUGCUGAGUGGGGACUUGGGACAGUGUGAUCGCAGGACCGUUGCAGCAGGAGGAGGAGCGAGGGGCUCGGGAGAGCGAGUGCUGAGUGCUGGGAAGCAGCUGAGCAAGAUUGAGCAGCCCAACACCACACAAGGUGGUCAUCCUACAUCAGUAAGGUCUCACCCAAGCAGAAAUUUUGUGGAAGACAGGAACUUCAAGAUGUGCUGUCUUAUCUCUUCUGAAGAAACGGGCAAGAUUAAGAACUAGAAACGCAGUGGUCAGCCAUGGAAACUGAGUGCCAGAGGUGAGAGAUGCAUCAAACUGUUGCCCCUUCUAAAUCGGAAGAAGUCCACCAUUGCUAUCAGCUCUGAACUCAUAGAAACCACUAGAACCCAAAUACAGCCUUCUACAGUCUGGAUAAGUCUUGUCAGAAGUGGUCCACAUGGAAGAGUUGCUGCCAAGAAGCUUUUUCUCCAAAGUGGAAACAAAGCCAAGAGACUCACCUAUGCACAAACAUACAAGGACUGGGGUGCUGAACAAUGGCAGCAAGUGCUCUGGACUGAUGAGUCAGAAUUUGAAGUUGUUGGCUCACACAGGAGGCAGUUUGUCCAUAGGAGAGCUGGCGAGCCCUACAUGGAUGAGUGUCAACAACCAACAGUGAAACACAGCAGGUUCCCUCCACGUUAGAGGCUGCAUUUCUGCAAAUAGAGUUUGUGAUCUGGCUGGAAUUAAUGGAAUCCUCAAUGCUGAGAAGUACAAGCAGAUCUUCUUCCAUCACAAAAUACCAUCAGGGAGGCAUCUGAUCGGUCCCAAAUUAAAUGUGCAGCAGGACAAUAAUUCUAAACACAUGGCCAAGGUCAUAAAAAAACUAUCAUCAGCAAAAAGGAACAAGGAGUUCAGGAACUGCACCUGGAGUAUUGUGUGCAGUUUUGGCCCCCUAAUCUGAGGAAAGACAUCCUUACCAUCGAGGGAGUACAAAGAAGGUUCACCAGAUUGAUUCCUGGGAUGGCAGGACUUUCAUAUGAUGAAAGACUGGAUGAACUAGGCUUAUACUCGUUGGAAUUUAGAAGAUUGAGGGGGGAUCUGAUUGAAACGUAUAAAAUCCUAAAGGGAUUGGACAGGCUAGAUGCAGGAAGAUCGUUCCCGAUGUUGGGGAAGUCCAAAACGAGGGUCACAGUUUGAGGAUAAAGGGGAAGCCUUUUAGGACCGAGAUUAGGAAAAACUUCUUCACACAGAGAGUGGUGAAUCUGUGGAAUUCUCUGCCACAGGAAACAGUUGAGGCCAGUUCAUUGGCUAUAUUUAAGAGGGAGUUAGAUAUGGCCCUUGUGGCUAAAGGGAUCAGGGGGUAGGGAGAGAAGGCAGGUACAGGGUUCUGAGUUGGAUGAUCAGCCAUGAUCAUACUGAAUGGCGAUGCAGGCUCGAAGGGCCGAAUGGCCUACUCCUGCACCUAUUUUCUAUGUUUCUAUGGAACAGAUGGUAUGCCCUUCACAGAGCCCUGAUCUCAACAUAGAGGCUAUCUGGGCUUACCUGGAGAGGCAGAAGUAAGUGAGACAGCCAAAGUCUGCAAGAACUGCAGCAACUUCUCCAAGACACUUAGAACAACCUAACAACCAAUUUUUUUUUAUUAAACUGCACAACAGUGUACCCAACAGAACUGAUGCAGUUUUAAAGGCAAAGGGUGGUCAGCAAAUAUUGACUUGAUUUUGCUUUUUUCACUGUUUACUGGGUCUUAAUAGUAAAUCUUUUGAUAUUCAGAAACUUUUCAAUUCAUUAUUUUUGUAAGUAUCUUCACUUUACAGAAUUUUUUAAUACGUACCUGAGCUUUACACAGUACCGUAUAUAGACUCUAGUCUCAUGGUAAUCUUAACUGCUCUCUAAAGUGAUGGAGGAGGUUAUUUGCAUUAAUGAGCUGAUGUACAGAUGUACCUAAUACAGUGAGUGUAUUUGUGAAUUGUCACAACCCAGAAUGUUACUCACUCUCAUAGUCAGUGGAUAUGUGGUAUAUCAUAUCAAAUCAAACCAAAACAUUGCAAUUUAUUGUGGUCUCUUCUGAUCCCAAUUUUCUUUUCGUUAUUUACCUUUCUUCUCUGACAAUUAACUCAUUUAUUGUCAGUAAAUGUAUAGUAUAAUCAUAGAACACACAACAGCACCGCUCUGUUUUAAUCUCCUCCAAGAUUAAUCUAACCCUUUUGUUCUGCAUAGCCCUCCAUUUAUUUUUCAUCUAUAUGCCUAAGAUGUGUCUGCCUUUGCCACCACCCCGGUAGGACUUUCCACAUUCUCACC